UGCUUUAUUCUGAGUGCCUUUUGAUAACUAUUACUAUGAAUUCCUAUGAUUUGGUGAACUGUUAUCCAAGGAAAAACUCCUUCUCACCAUAUGCUUAAAAAGCACUUACGGAGUGUAUUCGUCUCUAAAGCAGAUUCAAGCAUAUAUCCUUACGUUGUUCAUUACGGAAGAGAAUAUGAGCUUUCUAUUACUGUACUUUCUCCUAUUUUUUUCUUUCCUAAAUUUUGAAGGACAUUCCGCUCACCGCAGCUGCAAAGAGUGGUCACACUGAUGUUGUAAGGGUGCUUAUGGAGAACGGAGCUGAUGUCAACAAAGAAAAAUGGGAGGACACUCCGCUCACUGCAGCUGCAAAGAAUGGUCACACUGAUAUUGUUAGGUUACUUUUAGAGAACGGAGCUGAUUUCAACAAAGGAGUACAGGAGGUCACUCUGCUCACUGCAGCUGUAAAGAAUGGUCACACUGAUAUUAAGUUACUUUUGAAGAAAGGAGCCGAUGUCAACAAUGGAGUAGGGGUACGUUAGAAGCAAAAAUUGUAUUUGUUAUAUCGGGUUUAGUGAAAGUUUGAAAGUCAAGUUCUGUAUGGUUGGUCGAAUUUUUUUCGCUGUUGAGAAAAACGUUCUAAAAGUUGCGAGCUCUUUCUACUCCUUUCU